AUGGGCUCCGCGCUGGACCCCGCCUUCCGCCUCCUGCAGGAACACGCGCACGGCUUCAUGGUGUCCCAGGUUCUCUUCGCCGCCUGCGAGCUGGGCCUCUUCGACCUGCUGGCCGAGGCCCCGGGGCCCCUGGACGUGGCGGCCAUCUCCGAAGGCCUGGGCGCCAGCCCCCGGGGGACAGAGCUGCUGCUGGAAGCCUGUGUGCCCCUGCGGCUGCUGGACGUGGACACCCACGGGGGGACGGCCCGGUACGCGAACUCGGAGCUGGCCCGCGCCUACCUCACCAGCCGCAGCCCCACGGGCCAGCGCGCCAUGCUCGGGUACCUGGGCAGCACCACCUACCGCUGCUGGACUCACCUGGCCGACGCCGUGAGACAGGGCAGCAACCAGUACCAGAGGGCCUUCGGGGUCCCCGCGGGGGACCUGUUCUCGGCCAUCUACAGGUCCCCGGCCGAGCGGCUGCAGUUCACGCGGGGCCUGCAGGAGAUCUGGAGCGUCGACGGGCGGCGGGUGCUGACCGCCUUCGACCUGUCCCCGUUCCAUCGCAUCUGCGACCUCGGGGGUGGGGCCGGGGCUCUGGCCCAGGAGUGCGCCUGUGUGUACCCCGGGUGCCACGUCACCGUGCUCGAGGUCCCCGAGGUGGUCCAGACGGCGAGGGCCCACCUCCCGCUGCAGACGGAAGGGCAGGUUGGCUUCCGUGAAGGGGACUUCUUUGAAGACCCCCUUCCCGAGGCCGACCUCUACAUCCUGGCCAGGGUCCUGCACGACUGGUCAGACGAGAAGUGCUCCCGGCUGCUGGCCAGGGUCCACCACGCCUGCAGGCCCGGUGGCGGCGUCCUGGUGGUGGAGCGCGUGCUGGACGCGGACGGCCGGGGCCCGCUGGCCACGCUGCUGGGCUCGCUGAACAUGCUGCUGCAGGCCGAGGGCCGCGAGAGGACGGCCGCCCAGUUCCGCGCGCUGCUGGCGGCCGCCGGCUUCGGGGGCUUCGCGCUGCGCAGGACGGGCGGCGUCCACGAUGCCAUCUUGGCCACCAAGGCGCGGCCCUGA